AUGCGUGACUUGAAUAUGUUUCCCCAAAGUAAGCCUGUCGUAUCAGCAAUGCCCCUAAUCGUAUCUGUCGGAUGGGAUUCUGUCAGUAUUGUUGAUCGGUCGAAUGGAAAGUUUUUGGCUACACACAGGCUUCCAACUCAACCAACUGGUCAACCUAUAGCUGUUCCACUUGUGCUGUACAAUACAACAAAACCGGUGGAGGUAGUAUAUGCCCCGAGUCUACUGUUGGUUCCGUGCAAUGAUUUAAUCGUUGGUUUCGUUGUAGUUCAGAGUUUGCGUGUAUGGAUUCUGUUACCGUUGAUAGCUUUAUCAAGUGAAGAAAAACCAGAAUUGUUCAGCCAUAACUCAACAAAUAUUAGCAGAUUACAAUCAAAUGGUUCGUCACACCUUGCCAAUCAUUCUGACAGUGGAUCUGAUGCAUAUUUGUACUCAGAUCCUGAACUAUGCUUUACAACCACAUCAACAUCAUGUCCGUCACAAUCUAGUACAUCAGUGGUACAAAGAAGAGCGGAGUUAUCACCUUUGUCACCUGCUUCAUCAAUGGCAUACAAAGAUUCCAACAAGUCGAAAUAUCUCCUGGAUCGCCUGCAUGAUAGAAUCAUGGUAACAACGACAAUCGUUGAUAACUAUGAAUAUUCUGGUCUACAAACAUCUUCAAUGUCACCAUUGUCGUUUUCUGCAAAAGAAUACAUGAGAUGUGCAAAAAAUGACUCUAGUAAUUCAAAUAUUCCAGCAGCAAGAAAUCCCUAG